AUGUCGGGAGCGGGCUAUGAUGCAGUAGUCGACGUUGACGACGAGGGCGACCUCGGUCACACUGACUUGCAAGAAGACCUCGAAUUUCACAACUCGACCUUUACGGCGCCCUCGAACAGCACGCGCAAGGGCGGCUCUGGCGGUUCCGGCCUGCCCCCGCCCGCGACGGCAGGCUCUGGGUCCGGGUCUUCAAAGAGAUACCUCUGGUCCCUGGGCUUCUACGCCCAAUUCUUCGACGUCGAUACCUCAUCGGUGCUCUCGCGAUGCUGGGCUGCCCUCUACCCACGGGCCAACUUUCUCGAUGUUCUAGAGGGGAAUCCCGACUUGUACGGACCCUUUUGGAUUGCGACGACCGUGGUCUUCAUUCUGUUCCUCGGCGGUACGAUCAAUCAAUAUCUCACCAAGACGGACGGCGCGCCAUUCCUGUAUGACUUUAAAUUAUUAAGUGGUGCUGCCGGUCUCAUCUAUGGCUACACUCUCGGCAUUCCGGUUCUCCUCUUUGGCGCUCUGCGUUAUUUUGGAUCCGAGUCGGCCAAUCUGCUAGAGUGUUGGGCUCUCUACGGCUACUCCAACUUGAUUUGGAUCCCCGUUGCCUUGAUCUCCUGGUCACCGGUCCAGAUUCUCAACUAUGUCUUUGUGGGUGUUGGAUUCGGUCUAUCAGUAGCCUUUCUGCUGAGAAAUCUGUGGCCCGUGUUGAGUGCUACGGAUCACCAGACCAGCAAGAUCCUCUUGGUUCUUGUCGUUGUCUUGCAUGCUGCCCUCGCUAUUGCCAUUAAAGUCUUGUUCUUCAAGGCUGGCAGUCCAGCUCCUAUCCAGACCCCGAACCCUCCGGCAGAGGACACCAAGCCGGAGGAGGGCGCUGAAGCUAUGCUUCGCUUCUUGCUUCGCCUAUAG